AUGGUAGUGCACAGUUUGCAAUGUACAGUUUCGCGUAAGCAAGUGAGAUAGUGCACGUUCGGCCGGUAUUACACUAUCAAAUUUCUUUGUCCAAUAUCUUUGUCAAAGAUUUUUGAUAGUGUAAUAGGGAUCUUUGACAAAUGUCGUCCCAUAUUUGAUCAAAUCUAGGCCGAGGCCGUAUAUUUGAUCAAAGAAAUCGCUUGUCUUCUGUUCACUGCAAUGCGAUAUGUUACCACGCGGAGCGCUAGCAUCGCUGCAGCGUUCUGUCGUCUGUAGUGUUUUUAUAACCAUUGCCGGUAAAUACAAUUGGUGUGUGCCGACAACUACAGAAUUAAUAGAGAUGUCUGAAGCUUAUGAGGCGCUUUACAACGUUAGAAUUGUAUCUGCUGGAGAGGGGAAAUGUCGAGGAGAACUUACCAUUGCAGAGGAACAUCAGAAUCCACUAGGAACUAUGCAUGGUGGAUUCAUAGCAACAUUGGUUGACCAGAUGUCGAUGUUUGCUCUUCAGACACAUGAAAAUGGACCUAAAGCUGUUUCUGUGAAUAUAAAUGUGAGUUACUUCAAGCCAGCAACAACAGGUGAUGAAGUCAUAAUAGAUGCAAGAACAAUUCGUGCAGGAAAGAAAAUGGCAUUCUUAGAGGUUGAUCUUAUAAAGAAAAAAACAGGAGAAUUACUUGUAAGAGGUUCACAUGCAGUAUUUAUUGUUUCACAGAAAACCAUUUCAUAGAUUUUUUUCAGUAUUUCAAAUUGCAUUAAAAUACUGAAAUUAUUUUUGAUGUUCCUAGAUGUAUGAUGUAAAUUCUAACAGAAUUGUGUAAGACAGCUGUACUUUUUAGUUUUAUUUUAGUAUGCACCACAGAGCAUCACAGAUGGAGAUCUACUGCUGUGAUAUAUUUAUGAAUGUUGAAGUAUACUGUAUUGUUGUUACACUUUUCUGUGCCAUUGUAUGUGUGUUUUAAAAAGUAUGAUGGAGAAAAAUAUUGUUUGCUAUAUUAGUUGGUUCUAAACAGUAUACCUUGGUUGGUUAGUAAAGAAAUACUGUAUCAUAAAA